UUGCUAAAUAUGUACAAUAUCUAUAUUUACAAAAUAUAAUUAGCAAGAUGAAUAUUUAGGUCUGAGCUCAAUAUUUAGUUUUGAAAUUAAAUAGUUUGAAACUCAAAUAUUUACUUUGGAAAAUAAAUAUUUAGCUUAUGGGUCCCUCGUAGUUUUAUACGUUUUUGCUCAGAAAAUCAGUGCAAUUGUAUUUUUGUCCUCAUUUCAGAAAGUAAAACUAAUCUAUUAUAUUCAUUACACAAAUAUUUCAAACCUCUAUUUCUUGUAGUUUUGAUGUUUCUGACUCAUAAAUAAUAAAACCCCAAAAUUCAGCAUCUCAGAACAUUUUACAUGAAUAAAAAAUGACAUUUUAAACAGAAAUGUCAGGCAAAUGGGUAAAAUAUCCAGUAGAUGCCCCAGCCUCUCCCAGUGAAGCAGUUUUACCCCCCGACGUGUUUUGGGCUGUAAUCAGGUCCGUUUCUCUCACUGCGCUUUCAGGAUCAAGUUGCUGCGUUAGCUCAGAGUGGACCGUUAUGUUGCGUUCACGUGCUCCCGGAAACUCGGAAUUUCCAAUAUCGACUUGAAGUAAACGUUUAAAAUGGAGCAUUGCGGUCGCGUUGGAUGACAAUUAGGGUAGAUUUGUCUAGGAUUAUAUUUAGACAUUUUGAAUCACUAACUUAAAACAUACCAGAGCUUGUUAGCUUUGUACGUUUGAUUAAGAAGAAACUACGUUUUUACAUAUGUUUGCAUGAUGUAAUCAUUAACUGUGCUAUUUAUUUUAAUUAUCAACGUGCAGCAACAUUUUAACAUUAAUUUAUCAAAUCCAACUGUCAACUAUCCGAGUUGUUCUUGUUCUAACAAGUGAACGGAGGACAUUUGAAUCGUAAUUCACUAUUUCCCAGUAACACUGAACGCAGCAUCAGCUUCUGCAGGACUAGCUUGAAGUAUUUUGUCCCAAGCAGGCGGUGGUAGUUGACACCUGGAACAUAAGGAGUAAUGUGAGAAACGGCGAUGUUGUUUUGGGAAUAACCGAGAACACCGUCACCAACCGUAGAGCGGAGAAACCAUCAAAGGUAACCAGGCUAACGGAGCUAGCAGCUAGCGGCUAACAGUUUCUGUGUCGUCAUGGACCCGACUUGCUGCGACUCCGUGGCUCCGCCCUCUUUGACCGUCCAGGUGUGUUUUCCCGGCGUCCGUGCCGCCGUUCUGGACAACCUGAACCGGCAGCGUGAGGAAGGCCGGCUGUGCGACCUUUCCAUCCAGGUUCAAGGUCAGGUGUUCAGGGCCCAUCGCUGCGUCCUCGCUGCAUCCUCGCCUUACUUCCACGACCAGGUGUUACUGAAGAACGUAACGACUGUGUCGCUUCCCUCCGUUUUGGACCCGGUCGCCUUCCAGAGUGUCCUGAGUUCUGCCUACACCGGCCAGCUGAGCAUCAUCCACGACGACAUCGUCAACUACGUCACCGUGGCCAGCUUCCUCCAAAUGUGGCACAUCGUUGACAAAUGCACCGAGAUCCUGAAGCGGCCGCGUCCGUCCACGGAGCCCUGCGCCGCGGCCGGGUCGGCGGCCGGGUCGGCGUCCCGCCAGCAGUCGCCCAGCAGCACCGAGUGCCUGUACGCCGAGCGAGAAGGCCGCCGCAGGGACAGGAAGCCGGAUGCGCUGCCGCCACUGGCGACAUGGCGGCGGCCGCAGCAGGAGGCGAGGUGGACCCGGCCGCGGCCGUCCUCCGAGCAGAACCCGGCCGACUCCCAGCUGGACGGACUCCCAAGUUACCCGCAGAGAGAGCCGCCCGGCUGCCAGGAGGAAUGGAUCACGAGCCCGGCCAAACCGGGCCCGUUGGGCCACGACGGACCGGGCCACAGCGGCCGGUACCUGGGCGUGGUUCCGGCCGCCGAGGCACCAAAGCAGAAGGUCCGGUUCCAGCAGCGCGGAGAGGAGACCCAGGAGAGGAGGAGGAACGCCACGAGAGGAACGGAGGCUGAUGAAGGAGUCGGGGAGGAAGAGGAGGAGACGAAGGGCGGCUUCACACAGAUCGAUCUUCGGGUUCCAGGCGACGCUGAGGAUGGUGGGCGUUCUGCUGGGAGGCAGACUAUGGAUCUGAUGAAGGACAGACUCCAGAGAGACGACCCGUCCUCUCAGGUCCCCGACGUCCCCGCUAGUGGACCGGGCGCUCUGGGUCCGCCGUGCGGCUCCUGGCCUGACGAAGAGGAGGAAGAUGACGGAGACGUAGACUUGGAGUGCUUCGGCUCGUUCGAUGAGAUCGAGGACGGGACGGGACACGUCUCCCAGCGUCCUCUGCUGUCCCCAGACUUCAACAUGGCGGAUGGGAACUGGCCGUCGUCCUCCGCCGCGUUUCCUCCCCAGCCUCCCUCCCCGCCGACGCCGUCCUCCUCGUCCUCGGCAUCCGGCGCCGGCGGCUACGCGGGGAAGGUCCAUCUGUGCCACUGCGGGAAGGCGUACACACUGAAGAGCAUGCGGGACCGCCACGUGAAGAUGCAGCACCUCAACCUGCGGCCGUUCGGCUGCCCCGUCUGCACCAAGUCCUUCAAGAUGAAGCACCACCUGACCAAGCACCUGAAGACCCACGGCGGCCUGCGGCCCUACGAGUGCAGCCUGUGUGGGAAGAAGGUAGUGUGGAGAGACAGCUUCCUGCGCCACCAGGCGCGGUGCCAGAGGCUGGCCUCUGCGGGCGGCGGUGUCGCUACGGCGACGGCGGCGGAGCUGGAAGACAGAUACGGGUUGGGGUUUGAUGACGGGGAAGUGUUCGUGGCGGCGGGACAGGUGAAGGUGGAGGACGAUGGGAUGGGCGGACUGCUGGGCGACGUUCCCGGGAUCCUGGGAGCGCCGCCUCAGGAUCUGGGCUCUGUUGGUCAUGUCUUCAAGGAGGAAGCAGCCGAGCGAUUCAGCGAGAGCUAAACGUCCUCCAGGCUGCAGGAAUCCUGAGCUCUGCUGCCAAUUUCCUCUUUGGAAAUUAAGUUAAUUUGCUUUUUGCACAUAAGUUAUUCAUUUGAACUGAAAUAAAUUUAUUAAAAUGUUUUUCUGUCA